GCCUGGGCUGAAUCUUAUUGAUCCAGAAGGUGGCUAAUUAGCCCUUCCCGUCGUGCCUGGGUAAUGAGGCACAUGCGCACUGCACUAAUCAGCCAUUUUUUGCAGGAAACUAAUUAGCAGAAUAAAGAUCCAAAGAGUUUUUUUUCUUCCCAAUCAUCAGAUCUGAGUCCGGGCGCUUCCUGCUCCGGCGACCGCCAGCCCCGCCGCCCGCUCCGCCCCGAGCGCCGCUGCUGCUGCUGCCGCCCGUGGCCCCCUCUCUCCGGGGGGCUGCAAACUCCCCGACAACGAUGCUGCUGCUGGGCAGCGGCGGCGGCGGCGGCGGCUCCUGCUCGGCUCCGGCUGCUGCCUCCUGCUCCCGCUGCUGCUGCCCCGGGCUCCUCCUCGGAGCGCGCCGCUCCUGCCGCUGCCGCCGCGGCAGCCUGCAUGGGAUCCGGGGCCCCCGCGCCGCCGCCGCCGCCCGGGAUUAAAGCGCCGCCGCCGCCGCCGCCGGAGAAGCGACCGUGUCCAAGCCGUAGUGGGUGCAAUGAAAGCUCCAUGCAGGCCUUACCAUGGAAGGCUGUGACUCGCCUGUCAUCUCUGGGAAGGACAAUGGGUGUGGCAUCCCUCAGCACCAGCAAUGGACUGAACUCAACAGCACCCACCUCCCUGACAAACCCAGUAGCAUGGAGCAGUCCACAACCGAAAACCACGGGGCCCUAGACAGCCUGAGGGUCCCCUUUAAUGAGUGCAUUCCAGACAGCAUCAACUCAGCUGGCCCCAACACUGAGUCCACUAGCAAAGAGGUCAGCUGCAACGAAUGCUUGGCCUCCUUUGCCAGUUUACAGACCUAUAUGGAGCACCAUUGCCCCAGUGCCCGCCCACCUCUUCCACUGCGGGAGGAAAGUGGGAGUGAUACCAGUGAGGAGGGGGACGAGGAGAGUGAUGUGGAGAACCUUGCUGGAGAAAUAGUCUACCAGCCAGAUGGCUCCGCGUAUAUUGUUGAAAGCGUCAGCCAGUUGAUCCAAAGUGGGGGAGCCAGUGGCAGUGGGGCUCUCCCUUCAUUCGUUGUGAACUCUCUACCCAAUGCUGGGGGCAAACCAGGAGAACCCUCCUCUGCUGCACCCGUGUAUCCACAGAUCAUUAAUACUUUCCACAUAGCCUCAUCCUUCGGGAAAUGGUUUGAGGGCUCAGACCAGUCCUUCCCGAAUACCUCAGCCCUGACGGGCAUCAGCCCCGUCUUGCACAGCUUCCGCGUUUUUGAUGUGCGACACAAAAGCAACAAGGAUUACCUGAACAGCGACGGUUCUGCCAAAAGCUCCUGUGUAUCCAAAGAUGUUCCCAACAAUGUGGACCUGUCCAAAUUUGAUGGCUUUGUGCUCUAUGGGAAGAGGAAGCCCAUACUGAUGUGUUUCUUGUGCAAGCUCUCCUUUGGGUAUGUCCGCUCAUUUGUGACCCAUGCAGUGCAUGACCAUCGAAUGACUCUGAGUGAGGAGGAGCGGAAAAUUCUUAGCAAUAAGAACAUCUCCGCUAUCAUCCAAGGGAUAGGCAAAGACAAGGAACCCCUUGUAAGUUUUCUGGAACCAAAAAACAAAAACUUUCAACACCCUUUAGUUUCCGCAGCUAACCUCAUAGGCCCUGGACACAGCUUUUAUGGUAAAUUCAGUGGCAUUCGAAUGGAAGGGGAAGAGGCUCUCCAGGCUGGCACUGCCAGUGGAGCAGAGCAGCCACCAUCAGGCAUCUUGGCGCCUGGUGCCCUCUUGAACCUUGGUGGGCUGACCAGCUCGGCUCUGAAAACCCCAAUUACCUCAGUUCCCCUGGGCCCGCUGGCUUCCAGUCCUACCAAAUCCUCAGAGGGAAAAGACCCUGGGGCAGCAGACAGCGAGAAGCAAGAAAUGGGUGACCAGGAUAGCCUCUCGGAAAAAGCAGAACCAGCUGAGGAUGUGGAGGAGGAUGAAGAAGAGGAAGAUGUGGAGGAGGAGGAGGAAGAGGAGGAGGAGGAGGAAGACGACGACGACGACGACGAUGAGGGUUGCAAAGGACUGUUUCCAAGCGAGUUGGAGGAUGAAUUGGAAGAUAGGCCCCAUGAAGAGUCUGGGGCUGUGGCAGGUAGCAGCAGCAAAAAGGACCCUGCUCUCUCAAACCAAAGCAUUUCUAACUCUCCCUUAAUGCCUAACGUGCUCCAGACCCUGUCAAGGGGCACAGCUUCUUCUAUUUCUAAUUCUGCUUCUUCCUUUGUCUUUGAUGGUGCAAACAGGAGGAGUCGUUUAAGCUUUAACAAUGAGGGCGGUGGAGCCAGCGUGGCAGAGGGCAGCAGGAGGUUGGACUUCAUUGAUGAAAGUGCCAAUAAAGACAAUGCCACAGCACCAGAACCAAAUGAGAGUGCAGAGGGCGAGGAUGGGAGCUACAUCUCCCAUCACCAGCACGCUGGUCCCCUCUGUGAGCUUGGGGGUGGGGAGUGCCCCUCGGGGAGUGGUGUGGAGUGCCCAAAGUGUGACACGGUCCUGGGCUCCUCACGAUCACUAGGUGGCCACAUGACCAUGAUGCAUUCUCGCAACUCGUGUAAGACACUCAAGUGUCCCAAGUGCAAUUGGCACUAUAAAUACCAGCAGACACUUGAGGCACACAUGAAGGAGAAGCACCCCGAGCCAGGUGGCUCAUGUGUGUACUGCAAGAGUGGGCAGCCACACCCCCGGUUGGCACGGGGCGAGAGCUACACUUGUGGUUACAAGCCUUUUCGUUGUGAGGUCUGUAACUACUCCACUACUACCAAAGGCAACCUCAGUAUUCAUAUGCAGUCCGACAAGCAUCUCAACAACAUGCAAACCCUGCAGAAUGGAGGGGGAGAGCAAGUCUUCAGUCACACGGCUGGGGCAGCGGCGGCAGCUGCGGCCGCGGCAGCAGCUGCAGCAGCAAACAUUGGUAGCACCUGUGGGGCCCCCUCACCCACCAAACCAAAAACCAAACCCACCUGGCGGUGUGAGGUGUGUGACUACGAAACCAACGUAGCUAGGAACCUUCGCAUUCACAUGACCAGUGAGAAGCAUAUGCACAAUAUGAUGCUGCUUCAGCAGAAUAUGACCCAAAUCCAGCACAGCCGGCAUUUGGGCCUUGGCAGCCUGCCCUCCCCAGCCGAGGCCGAGCUGUACCAGUACUACCUGGCACAAAACAUGAGUCUACCCAGCCUGAAGAUGGACAGCACUUCCUCCGACGCCCAGUUCGUGAUGGGUGGAUACCAGCUUGAUCCCACCAACCCUAUGGCAACUAUGGCUCCAUCUCUAGUGGGUGGAGAGAUCCCCCUGGACAUGCGGCUGGGGGGCGGGCAGCUGGUGUCCGAGGAGUUAAUGAACCUGGGUGAGAGUUUCACACAAACAAACGACCCAUCACUGAAGCUCUUCCAGUGUGCUGUGUGCAACAAGUUCACUACAGACAACCUGGACAUGCUGGGGCUGCACAUGAGCGUGGAGCGCAGCCUCCCGGAGGACGAGUGGAAGGCCGUGAUGGGGGACUCGUACCAGUGCAAGCUGUGCCGUUACAACACGCAGCUCAAGGCAAACUUCCAGCUCCACUGCAAAACGGAUAAGCACGUGCAGAAGUACCAGCUCGUAGCGCACAUCAAGGAGGGUGGCAAGGCCAACGAGUGGAGGCUGAAAUGUGUGGCCAUCGGGAACCCCGUGCAUCUGAAGUGCAAUGCCUGUGACUACUACACCAACAGUCUGGAGAAGCUGCGUCUGCACACAGUCAACUCCAGGCACGAGGCCAGCCUGAAGCUGUACAAGCAGGUUCCCCCAGUCCACCUGAUCCCUCCGGGCUCAGGCAGAAUGCCUACACCGUCACCUCGAAGAGACUGGAGGCAAGAAACAAGAACUGAAAGCAAGCAAACCAGCUCUCUUGGACUGAGGAGGCAACAGCACCUUCAGCAUCAUGAGAGCGGGGUUGAGGGCGAAAGCUGCUAUUAUCACUGUGUCCUCUGUAACUAUUCCACCAAGGCCAAGCUGAACCUUAUCCAACAUGUGCGCUCCAUGAAACAUCAGCGUAGUGAGAGCCUGCGCAAACUACAGCGCCUUCAGAAGGGCCUCCCUGAGGAAGAGGAGGACUUAGGUCAGAUCUUCACCAUCCGCAAGUGUCCAGCUGCUGAUGCCGAAGAGUCAGUUGAAGAUGUGGAAGGGCUGAAUGAGACACCAGCUGAUCCAGAAGAGCCUACUAAAGAGCAAGAGAGUGGAGGUGACAAGGACCAAAACAAAUGGACAGCACCAGCCAGCCAGGCAGACAAGGAGCUGACAGAGUCUCCAGCAUCCUCCAAACGCAUGUCAUUUCCCAGCAGCUCUGAGUCACCUCUCUCCUCUAAAUGGUCAAAAACUUCAGAGGAGACCAAAUCAGAGCAGAUGUAUCAGUGUCCAUACUGCAAAUACAGUAACACCGAUGUGAACCGGCUGCGGGUGCAUGCCAUGACCCAGCACUCCGUGCAGCCCAUGCUCCGCUGCCCGCUCUGCCAGGACAUGCUCAACAACAAGAUCCAUCUGCAGCUGCACCUCACACACCUGCACAGUGUGUCGCCUGACUGUGUGGAAAAACUCCUCAUGACGGUGACAACACCGGAAGGGAUGAUGCCCAGCAGUAUGUUUCUCCCAGCAGCCGCUCCAGACAGAGAUGGAAACGCCAAUGCCGACGAGCCGGGGAAGCGGGCGGAGACCUCUGAGGACUCCGGAAAAAGCCUCCUGUCAUCUGAGAGCGUAGAGCACAGUGGAGAGUCCAAACCUGUUCCUGCCGAUCAGAGCUCCACCAGAGAGGACUCUGGCUUUCUUUGCUGGAAGAAGGGGUGCAGCCAGGUGUUCAAAAGCUCAGCGGCCCUUCAGACGCAUUUCAAUGAAGUUCAUGCUAAACGGCCCCAACUGCCAGUAUCCGAUCGCCACGUCUACAAGUACCGUUGCAACCAGUGCAGCCUGGCCUUCAAAACCAUCGAGAAGCUGCAGCUUCAUUCUCAGUACCAUGUAAUCAGAGCAGCUACUAUGUGUUGUCUUUGCCAACGCAGUUUCCGAACCUUCCAAGCUCUGAAGAAGCACCUGGAGACAAGUCAUCUGGAGUUGAGUGAAGCAGACAUUCAGCAGCUUUACAGUGGGCUUUUGGUCAAUGGAGACCUCCUAGCUAUGGGUGAUCCUUCGCUGGCUGAUGACCAUACUAUCAUUGUUGAAGAUGAUAAAGAGGAAGAGAGUGACCUAGAAGAUAAACAGAGUCCGACUGGCAGUGAUUCUGGGUCAGUACAAGAAGACUCUGGCUUGGAACCUAAGAGGGCCCUACCUUUCAGAAAAGGUCCUAAUUUCACCAUGGAGAAAUUUCUCGACCCAUCUCGCCCAUACAAGUGCACAGUCUGCAAAGAAUCUUUCACACAAAAGAACAUUCUUUUGGUCCAUUACAAUUCAGUCUCUCAUCUGCAUAAACUGAAAAGAGCCCUUCAGGAGUCUGCUACUGGGCAACCUGAACCUACCAGCAGUCCAGACAACAAACCUUUUAAGUGCAACACUUGCAGUGUGGCCUACAGCCAGAGUUCCACGCUGGAGAUCCACAUGAGGUCUGUCUUGCACCAGACAAAGGCUCGAGCGGCCAAGCUGGAGGCGGCUGGUGGCGGCGGCAGCAGUAACGGAACUGGCAGCAGCAGCAGCAUCUCUCUGGGUUCGUCCACACCAAGCCCAGGGGGCGGCAGCGGCUCUAGUACCUUCACAGCCGCCAACACCAGCAGCGCUGGCGCAGCUCCCGCCCCCGGUUCACUCAAGCAGGGAUCCGGUGAGAGUGUGGGAAUCGCACCGUCGAGUAACCCCGUUAGCGCGAACAUCGCCUCCCCUUCCGAGCCUAAGGACGCCAACCGGAAGAAACUGGCUGACAUGAUUGCAUCCAGGCAGCAGCAGCAGCAGCAAGCUCAGACCUUAGCACAGGCGCAAGCCCAAGUCCAGGCCCACCUCCAGCAAGAGCUGCAGCAGCAAGCUGCCCUCCUGCAGUCUCAGCUGUUCAACCCCGCUCUCUUACCACACUUCCCCAUGACCACAGAGACCCUACUCCAGCUUCAGCAACAGCAGCAUCUUCUGUUUCCAUUUUACAUCCCCAGUGCUGAGUUCCAGCUCAAUCCAGAAGUUAGCUUACCUGUGACCAGUGGUGCUCUGACACUAUCUGGUACUGGUCCAAAUUUGCUGGAAGAUUUAAAGGCUCAAGUUCAGCUCCCACAGCAGAGCCAUACACAGAUAUUACAACAGCAGCAAGGCCAACUAUCUUUGUCACAGUCUCACUCUGUCCAUAUACAACAGAGCCAGCAUCACGAGAAAAAAAACAAAUCCGUUAGUAAGGAGAAGGAAAAAGAAACCCAGAGGGAAAAGGAAAAUGCAGAGAGGGGAGACAGCAGUUCAUUUUCUAAAGAGUCUCUGCCUGACAACCUAAAGCCCAAAGACAAGAAAGACUUUGCCCCGGGCAAUAGUUCAGAACCCUCCCUACUUCCUCCACGUAUCGCAUCUGAUGCAAGAGGCAAUGCCACAAAAGCCUUGCUAGAAAACUUUGGCUUUGAGCUGGUUAUUCAGUACAACGAGAACAAGCAGAAGGUGCAAAAGAAAAAUGGGAAGACAGAGCAGGGUGAGAACUUGGAAAAGCUUGAAUGUGACACAUGUGGCAAGUUUUUCUCAAACAUCCUCAUUCUAAAGAGUCACCAAGAGCACGUUCACCAACACUACUUCCCCUUUAAGCAGCUGGAGAGGUUUGCCAAGCAGUACAGAGAGCACUAUGAUAAACUGUAUCCACUGAGACCUCAGACUCCAGAGCCACCUCCGCCUCCUCCUCCACCUCCACCUCCACUCCCUACAGCACCUCCUCAGCCAGCUUCCACUCCUGCCAUUCCUACUUCUGCUCCACCUAUUACUUCUCCUACAAUUGCACCAGCCCAGCCAUCUGUGCCACUCACCCAGCUCUCUAUGCCAAUGGAGCUGCCCAUCUUUUCACCACUUAUGAUGCAAACUAUGCCACUACAAACAUUACCUGCCCAGUUACCACCUCAGCUUGGUCCUGUAGACUCUCUACCUGCGGACCUGGCUCAGCUGUAUCAACAUCAGCUGAACCCUAGCCUUCUACAGCAACAGCAGAACAAGAGGCCACGUACUCGGAUCACAGAUGACCAGCUCAGAGUUCUUCGGCAGUAUUUUGAUAUUAACAACUCUCCCAGUGAGGAACAGAUCAAAGAGAUGGCAGACAAGUCUGGACUGCCACAGAAAGUGAUAAAACACUGGUUUAGAAACACUCUGUUCAAAGAACGCCAGCGCAACAAGGAUUCCCCAUACAAUUUCAGCAAUCCUCCAAUUACCAGCCUGGAAGAACUGAAGAUAGACUCACGGCCUCCCUCUCCAGAACCUCAAAAGCACGAAUACUGGGGAAGCAAGAGGUCCUCCAGGACACGGUUUACCGAUUACCAGCUCAGAGUCCUGCAGGACUUUUUUGAUGCUAAUGCUUAUCCAAAGGAUGAUGAAUUUGAACAACUUUCUAAUUUGCUGAACCUCCCUACACGGGUUAUAGUGGUGUGGUUCCAGAACGCCCGUCAGAAAGCUAGGAAAAACUAUGAGAACCAAGGAGAAGGCAAAGAUGGAGAACGGCGGGAGCUUACAAAUGACAGGUACAUUCGAACGAGCAACUUAAACUACCAGUGCAAAAAAUGUAGUCUAGUCUUUCAGCGCAUUUUUGAUCUUAUCAAACACCAGAAAAAGCUUUGUUAUAAGGAUGAGGAUGAGGAUGGACAGGAUGAUAGCCAGAAUGAAGACUCUAUGGAUGCAAUGGAGCUAUUGACGCCAACCAGUUCCUCCUGCAGCACACCAAUGCCCUCUCAAGCUUACAGCACCCCCACAUCCUCAGCUAAUGCAACCUCUUCAGCCUUCUUGCAGCUCACAGCUGAGGCAGAUGACUCCUCCGUGUAUAGUUCUAAAAUAGAAGCUACAGAUGAGAAACCAAAGCAAUCUGAACCUCCAAGUACACAGCAAAACCAAACUCAAGACAAGCAAGUGCAACCAAAGCAAGAGCCUCCACAGCAGCAGCAAGACCAAGGAGAACAGAAGACAAGUUCAACACACCAAAAGAUCUCACCAUUAUCCCCCCCAUCCUCAUUACAACAACAGCCUCCGCCACAGGCACAGCCACCCCAGUGUCCUUUGCCACAGUCAAGCCCAAGUCCAUCUCAACUCUCACAUCUUUCCCUCAAGCCCCUUCAUACGUCCACCCCGCAACAACUAGCAAACCUACCUCCUCAAUUAAUCCCGUACCAGUGUGACCAAUGUAAACUGGCAUUUCCCUCCUUUGAGCAUUGGCAGGAGCAUCAGCAGCUUCAUUUUUUGAGUGCACAGAAUCAGUUUAUCCAUCCGCAGUUUCUGGACAGGACGCUAGAUAUGCCUUUCAUGCUUUUUGAUCCCAGUAAUCCACUACUUGCAAGCCAGCUGCUAUCUGGAACUCUACCUCAGAUUCCAGCAAGCUCAGCCACUUCACCCUCAACCCCAACAUCUACAAUGAACACUCUGAAGAGAAAGCUGGAGGAAAAGGCCAGUGUAAGCCCUGGGGAAAAUGACAGUGGGACUGGCGGAGAAGAACCUCAGAGAGAUAAGCGUCUAAGGACAACUAUUACCCCAGAACAGCUGGAAAUUCUGUACCAAAAGUACCUGCUCGACUCUAACCCAACACGGAAGAUGUUGGAUCACAUUGCGCAUGAGGUGGGCUUGAAGAAACGUGUUGUGCAGGUUUGGUUUCAGAACACUCGAGCACGGGAAAGGAAAGGGCAGUUUAGAGCUGUGGGGCCUGCCCAAGCCCAUAGACGGUGUCCUUUCUGCAGAGCUCUCUUUAAAGCAAAGACGGCUCUGGAAGCUCAUAUCCGAUCCCGUCAUUGGCAUGAGGCUAAGAGAGCUGGGUACAACUUGACUUUGUCUGCUAUGCUCUUGGAUUGUGAUGGAGGACUCCAAAUGAAGGGGGACAUUUUUGAUGGAGCAAGCUUUUCCCACUUGCCACCAACCAGUAGUGAUGGUCAGGGUAUUCCUCUUUCACCAGCAAGCAAAACUAUGGAGCUCUCACCUCGAACUCUGCUUAGUCCGUCCUCCAUUAAAGUGGAAGGAAUAGAAGACUUUGAAAGCCCCUCCAUAUCCUCAGUUAAUCUGAGUUUUGACCAAGCAAAGUUGGACAAUGAUGACUGCUCUUCAGUCAACACUGCAAUCACAGACACUACAACAGGAGAUGAAGGCAAUGCAGACAAUGAUAGUGCAACGGGGAUUGCAACUGAAAUCAAAUCAACAUCAGGACCUAGUGAGGGCCUGACAAAGGCUGCCAUGAUAGCAAUGUCUGAGUAUGAAGAUCAAUUGUCUUCUGGCCUUGUCAGCCCAGCUCCCAGCUUUUAUAGUAAAGAGUAUGACAAUGAAGGUACUGUGGACUAUAGCGAAACCUCCAGCCUUGCAGACCCCUGCUCACCCAGCCCUGGUGCCAGUGGUUCAGCAGGCAAGUCUGGAGACAGUGGGGAUCGGCCAGGGCAGAAACGCUUUCGCACUCAGAUGACUAAUCUCCAGCUAAAAGUCCUAAAGUCAUGCUUUAACGACUACAGGACGCCUACCAUGCUGGAGUGUGAGGUCCUAGGUAAUGACAUUGGACUGCCAAAGAGAGUUGUUCAGGUCUGGUUCCAGAAUGCUAGGGCAAAGGAGAAGAAGUCCAAGCUAAGCAUGGCCAAGCAUUUUGGUAUAAACCAAACAAGUUAUGAGGGACCCAAAACAGAGUGCACUUUGUGUGGCAUCAAGUACAGCGCUCGGCUGUCUGUACGUGACCAUAUCUUCUCUCAACAGCAUAUCUCCAAAGUUAAAGACACCAUUGGAAGCCAGUUGGAUAAGGAGAAGGAGUACUUUGACCCCGCUACUGUACGUCAGUUGAUGGCUCAGCAGGAGUUGGACCGGAUCAAAAAAGCCAAUGAGGUUCUUGGUCUGGCAGCUCAACAGCAGGGCAUGUUUGAUAAUACCCCUCUACAAGCUCUUAACCUUCCUACUGCGUAUCCAGCACUACAGGGCAUCCCUCCAGUCUUGCUCCCAGGCCUCAACAGCCCAUCCUUGCCAGGCUUCACUCCAUCCAACACAGCUUUAACUUCUCCAAAACCCAGCCUGAUGGGUCUGCCCAGCACAAGCGUCCCUUCACCUGGCCUUCCCACGUCUGGAUUACCAAAUAAACAGCCCUCCGCCGCGCUGAGCUCCCCAACUCCAGCACAAGCACCCGUGGCCCUGGCCCCGCAGCAGCAGCCGCGCAAGGAUAAGGAAAGUGAGAAGAUGAAAGAGAAGGAGAAGGCGCCUAAAGGGAAAGGGGAUUCCCUGCCGGGGCCCAAGAAGGAGAAAGGAGAGGCCCCUGCAGCGACCCUUUCUGCCCCCCUGCCCACCAUGGAGUAUGCGGUGGAGCCUGCCCAGCUUCAGGCACUGCAGGCUGCCUUGAAUUCAGACCCCACAGCCUUGCUUACAAGCCAGUUCCUUCCCUACUUUGUCCCAGGCUUUUCACCCUAUUACGCCCCUCAGAUUCCUGGGGCCCUGCAGAGCGGGUACCUGCAGCCCAUGUACGGCAUGGAGGGCCUGUUCCCUUACAGCCCCGCUCUGUCGCAGGCUCUGCUCGGCCUGUCCCCCGGCUCCUUGCUGCAGCAGUACCAGCAGUACCAGCAGAGCCUGCAGGAGGCGCUGCAGCAGCAGCAGAGGCAAGCGCAGCCGCAGCAGCCGCCGAAAGUGCAGCCGCAGCCCAAAGGAAGCCAAACCCCAGCCCCCCCGGGGGCUGCCGCCCCCGACAAAGACCCUGCCAAAGAAUCCCCCAAACAAGAAGAGCAGAAAAACGCCCCCCGUGAGGUGUCCCCCCUCCUGCCCAAACCCCAAGAAGAGCCCGAAGCAGAAAGCAACAGCGCGGACUCCCUGUGUGACCCCUUCAUCGUUCCAAAGGUGCAGUACAAGCUGGUCUGCCGCAAGUGCCAGGCGGGCUUCAGCGACCGGGAGGCGGCCAGCCACCACCUGACGUCCCUCUGCUGCUUCGGCCAGCCUGCGGCGAGCCUGCAGGAGAUGGUGCUCCACGUGCCCACGGGCGGGGGCCAGGGCAGCAGCUCGUACCAGUGCGUGGCGUGCGAGAGCACAGUGUGCGGGGACGAAGCCCUGAGUCAGCAUCUCGAGUCAGCCCCUCACAAACACCGAACAAUCACCAGAGCAGCAAGAAACGCCAAAGAGCACCCCAGUCGAUUACCUCACUCUGCCUGCCUCCCCGAUCCUAGCACCGCAUCUACCUCGCAGUCUGCCGCUCACUCAAACGACAGCCCCCUAGCCCCUCUGUCCUCCUCCUCCUCUUCAGCUUCCCCCCACGCCUCCAGAAAGUCUUGGCCUCAAGCGCUCUCCCGGGCUCCGCUUGGGAAGCCGCCACCUCCUUCUUUCCCUCCUCUCUCCUCAUCUCCAACGGUUACCUCAAGUUCAUGCAGCACCUCAGGGGUUCAGCCCUCGAUGCCAACAGACGACUAUUCGGAGGAGUCUGACACGGAUCUUAGCCAAAAGUCAGAUGGACCGGCUAGCCCGGGGGAGGGGCCUAAAGACCCCAGCUGCCCGAAGGACAGUGGUCUAACUAGUGUAGGAAUGGACACCUUCAGAUUGUAAGCUUUGAAGAUGAACAAUACAAAAAUGAAUUUAAAUAAAAUUAAUAACAAACCAAUUUCAAAAAUAGACUAACUGCAAUUCCAAAGCUUCUAACCAAAAAAAGAAAAAGAAAAAAGAAAAAGCAUGGGUUGUUUUCCCAUAUAACAAUGCCGGUGGGUUUUACAUUUUUUUUCUUUUAAUAAAAAAACAAAACAAAAAAACCUCUCUUACAUUUCUCCUUUUGAAGGUCCUGUUGGUCUGGGAGACAAAAGUCCAAACUGCCUCCUUAAUGUCUUUGGAGCUUAAAUCCCUUGUAUAUUGCCCUUUUCCAAUAAUGCCCCCACAUUGAUAGCACAGCAAAGGCCGGCAUGCACUGUAUGGGAAAGCAGCCCACCGGGCUACAGUUUAAAUUUCUUGCUAUCUUAGCAUUCAGAUACCAAUGGCUUGCUAAAAGAAAAAAGAAAUGUAAUGUCUUUUUAUUCUCAGGUCAAUCGCUCACACUUUGUUCUGUUUUCAGAAUCAUUGUUUUUAUAUAUAUAUAUAUAUAUGUGUGUGUGUGUGUGUGUGUAUGUAUAUAUAUAUAUAUAUAUAUAUAAUUUUUUUUGUUUGUUUUGGGUGUUUUGUUUUGUUUUUUGUUCCAGAAAAGAAUUUUGUUUUGUUGGGUUUGGGGAGGGUUGUUUUGGGCUGGGGGGGAGGUUGUUUUUUAAUUUAAAAUGGGCAGAAAGUAUUCAAGAGAAAAACAAUGUGAACUGCUUUCGCUUUCUGGGGAUUUUAAGGGUAGCUUUUCUGAUGAAGCCAAUUUCAAGGGGAAAAGUUAAGCACUCCCACUUUUCAGAAAAAAAACACAAAGAGUGUUGAGGACUUGGAGCUUAAAAAUAAGUUUUAAAACAACUGACUUUCUGUAUUUAUGAUAGAUAUGACCAUUUUUGGUGUUGAGUAGAUUGUUGCAUUGGAAAUGAACUGAAGCAGUAUGGUAGAUUUAAAAGAAAAAACCCUUUUGUGUACAUUUAGCUUUUGUAUGGUCCAGCUGACGGCUUCUCAUUUGAUGUUGUCUUGUUCAUUCCUAGCCAGAUAGAUUGCAAUCCAUUGACUCGCCUAAGCUUUUCUCCCCUUUGUACCUUUAUUCCCCUUUCACCCAUCCUGUAAUCUUCCACUUAUGGUCACUGCCUUCAUUUCUUAGAGGGUGGUUGCAUAAUUAUUUUAUAAAAACUAAAGAAAGAAGUUCAAAGGGUUUUGGGGGUCAGUAGGAUCCCUUGCAGAAUAUUUUUUGUUGGGGGUUUGAAACUUUUUAAGACAUACAUACGAUUUACCUAUGUCUGUUACCCUUGUGCACUUAUCUCUUAUUUUUCGUUUUCCUUUUUUCUCUUCCUUUCCUCAUUUUGUAAAUGCUUCAAAGAUUCUGUUCCUAAACUAUAAGCGUUUGUUUGUGUAAUUAGGCUGCACUCUGUUCCUUCUUUUAAAAUAACUUUUUGUUACAUUUUUUCUCAAAAAAAAAUUCAUGCUUUAAAUAAAAUCCAAAGACAUACCCUUUCACCACUGGUGCAGAAUGAGCAAAAAGGUUUCUUUUUACUUGAGAAUUUGUUUCUGAUUUAAACAAACAAAACUAAGUUUAAAUAAAGAAAAGAAUAAAAAAGUACCCAGGUUGUUAUCUGUGCUUCUUCUGCAAGCAGAGAGGCAACUCUUUAUGAAAAUUCAACAUACCAAAACACAAGUUUUUACUUCAAAGUUUUGUCCUUGUGUUAGGCAGUCUGAGUGGUGAGAGACCCAGAGGUGCAGCCCGCAAAGAAUCAGAUAGCAAUGUACAGAAAGCAAAACAAAAAACAAAACAAAAAAAUCCCAUAUGUGAGGCACUUGUGUUUAUGUUAAUCUCUGUGUUCCUGUUAGUGGAAAACACACACACACACACACACACACACACCCCUCUUAUGGUCUGGACUUUAAAAGAAAAACUUUGUGCUGCUAAAAUAUAGAUUUUGGAGACAGAUGCUUGCUAUUUCACUUCCCUAGCCAAAUGUCAACAGAAACAAUCUCCCUUCCUCCCCACCCUUGAAAGUGUGAAAUCAUUCACCUUCUCAUCCUCCUUAUAUUUCAAAAGGGAACUUCGAAGACUGUGAACGCAGGUUCCAUUGUUCACCCUCUGGCUUCUUUUCCCAAUGUUGAAGCCACUCAUCAACUUUUCAAGAGACUGGAGCAUUCCGAGAUAUGAAACGCGGAUUUCAUUUUUUUAGCCGGGACUCUUAUUUUUAUGAAUUUUUGUUUUUAGUUUAAUGAAAGACUAGAUCUUGAAAUGUUGUACAUAUUUCUAACUAGGCUGAUGCACAGUGCAAAUUCCUUUUUUAAUUGUUUUUUAAGUAGACAAUACUAAAGAGAGUACCAUCUAAUAUUCAUACGAGUAUCCAGUUGUAGCAUAAGGUGUCAAAAAUGAAAACAAGUACACAAAGCGUUUGCUCUUUUAACAAACUGUUUUCUUUUAACAAAAGUUCUUGUAUUUCUCCCUGUGUUUGAGAUGAACAUUUUUUAAAUUUCAAAGUUGUACAGUUUUUUGUUUUCCAUUAUUUUAUCUUGUUUGUAAUUCUAUGAUAUAUAUAUAUAUAUAUAUAUAUAUUUUUUUUUUUUUGCCAUUUAACUGUUGUAUGUUACUCUGUCUGUAUCAUAUAGAAAUAUUUUGUUUGUUUUGUUUUUGGUUCUCUGUGUGAUACAAGUUAACAAUUUAACACUACCUUUAUCUGUCAAAUUCUGCUAGGUAUCUUUUGAAAUCUUUUCUUUUGGUUUUUAUUAUGUCGUUUGGUCAUAGUGCAAUUUCUCUCUCCUUCUUCUCCCUCUUCCUUCCCACCCACUAAAAAGUAUUUUAAACUUAUUUCCUUAUAUUUUUUUCUAAAUAUUUCUAGAUACUCUUUCAGUCUGAGAUUGCCUCAUCCUUUUGAAGUGCCAUGCAGCAGUGGCUGCAGGGCCUGCUCGCUUUCUCCAGCCCAGGCUGAGCUACUGUGCUCUCACUCUAAGUGAAAUUGAUGAACAUCAGAAGGGUUAGGGUUGCCAAAGUCUGAUUCCUGCUGCAGAAUUCCCACAGGGGUUGAAGGUGUUACGUGGACUCCUCGGUUGUAAUGCUGCUUUAAUCGCAGAUGAAUGAGUGAUGGUUUCAACCAAGUCCUUGGAGGAUAAUUUUCCCCAUCAGAUCACUAUUCUCCCCCCACCUCCAUGUCUUUUAACACACUGUGGUACAGUUAGCCGUCGCUGCUCAGGAGAGGCCCAGAACUAGAAUACCAGGUGUGGUGCCAGUCAGGGUUGAGAUGCAUACAGGCUGUUUUGGGAAACUUGCAUGGUGCCUGUCUGCUCGCACCAAGCCAAUCUGUAGCCGGCGCUGUUAGUCUCUCACUCUCAUGAGCACUAAAAUUCAUGCCAGUAAUUCAAUAUCUGUCUACACUUCUGCCCUUCAGACUGGCCUUCACUUGAGAAUUUGCACCUCUCUUCUCCUUGAGAGGCUAUGGGAAGGGGGUCAUUUUCAAAGCCUUUUUAAAAAUUUCCCCAUAAUAUAAAUUUUUCUAUUUCAAAUAGAAAAACCCACAAAGUGGCCUGGUGCUGGACACCAAUCCCAAAGGGAGCUCUGAGACCCGAGUAGCUGGUACUACUCAGUCUGCUUAGAACAGCACCAAAUAGAACCCUAGAGCUGAGGUCUCCUCCCUUCUGCUUUUCCUAGAAAAGGGGGAGGUCGAAAACUCCCACAAGGAAAAGAUUUUAAACACAGCACAGAGCCGAUUACUGUUUAUUUUUAAAUUAAAAGCUUUUUAAAGAGGCGAAGAUGGCCAAAUUUCUCACACAACAGUAUGAAAUACACUGUAAGGCGUGUGUUUAGAGGGCCAACCUGCGCCCUUGCAGCAGGCAAGGCAGGAAGAUGCAGACAACGGAGAGGCAUUAACACAAGCCAGCACAGUUGAUGUUUGUGAAAAUAUAUUUUGCUUUUUUUAAAAUAAAUUAACUAAAUUAAAACAUUUUAAAUAGAAGCAGAAAUUUGGUUGGUUUGUUGGCUGAGAUACUGCCCACUGUGAAACACAAAGCUUUGACUAUUUUUUGUUUGUUUUGGGGGGGCAAGUUUGGGUAGAACAGAAAGCGUAAAUGAGGUGAAGAGGUAUAUGAACAGCCUUUGCAAUGUACAAAUAAUAGAGCAAGUGAAACCAAAAAUGAUGUUCUUGGUGUUUUUCUAUAAUGUAGUCUUGUUAGCUUUUUGUUACUGUAACAAUGCUGAUCUCGAACUGUACCAAAAUACAUGGAGACGAACAGAAACAGAAACCACAUGGAACUUUCAAAACUUUAAAAAAAAAAAUUGUCACAAAAACUUUGUUGUCAUAGUUAAGUUGAUUGUAGAUGGUAAUUGAAUAUACUCCUUUGAAAAUAUUUCAUCAAGUAUGUUUCCUGCUCAUUGUGAUACAUUAAAAAAAAAUGAGCAAAAGCUCUUGUCUCCGAUGUCCCCGGAUGUGUGAAGGUUUUGUGUGUGUGCAUGCCCGUGCGCUCGCUGGUAGGACUGUGUGCGUGCAUGUUUGUGAAUUCAUGUGUGCAUGAAAUUAGAUGUUCAUGGAGAUACUUGUAGGCACAUGCCCCUGGUGCACUCGCAAGUGGGUGUGUGUGUGUGUGUGUACGUGCAUAGUCAUUUGCCCUCACAAGCAUGUGGGUGUUUGUGUGCCCAUGGGCACUGUUUGCAUUAGUAUGAGAGUGCAUGGUUCUCAGCAUGGAGUCCAAGUGUUUAAUGAGCCAAGUAGCACCAUUCGUAUUACAGCUUUGGGAUGUGUUGUGUAUGAAAAGGGCAUUGUAAAGUUGAAUUUUACCAAAUGAUUGUGUAAGAAAUCUGGGCACAUUACUGUAAUUAAUGGAUAGAAAGACAAAGCUUGAUGCCUUGGUCAACUUCACAUCUGUAAACUAGAGAUGAGCCAGUUAGCAUGUUUUCUUCUGCUGAUUAAACCAGAAGCAAAGGAAGGUAAGAACAGUAAGUAGUUGACUCACUGCGCUUUCCUUUGAUAACAGAGCCACUCGCUCUCUCUAGAGCAGAGGCUGAAAUGGGAGCAAAACUUGGUAAACUGCUGAGUGUAAACAUAUACAUUUCUCUUAUCAAAAACUGCCCCUUGCAGUGGGAAAGCCUUGAAAUUCAUUCAUAAGGACCACAUGCAAAUGAGAGCCCAAGGGUCUCCCAUUCAUCUCUAAUUUAUAGCUACAGGAAUAAAUAUUUUUUUAAAAACCAUUGUAGGUAAGAUCUGAAGGCCCUUUAACAUGAUAGUGACCUUGGACGGUCUGCAGACUUCACUGUAGCAAGGGGCAUCCUACCAUUCCCUGGGAGGUGGGAGCUUCUCAUUCCUGAGUAUUACAGUCAGUGAGGGGAGGCAGGAAACUACAAGAGUCUCAGCUUGGGAGGAGACACUUUUUCUUUAAUUAAUAAGGUUGGAACAUUGACUAGCCAGAAAGUUCAGGGAAGGGGGGUACUUUUGGUUUGGAGUUUUUUAUUUUGUUUAAUUCCUGAUUUAGGCUCCUUAAAUAUGUGGGAUGAUUUUUUUCAAAAGUGCUGAGCACCCGGCAGGUUCCAGUGACCCAAUGUGUGUGGAAUUGUCUCUUUUCAAAAGGGGCUCACUUAUUUUUGAAAAUCUUGACCUUUUUGCUGAAUGUAUGUACAAAGUCAUCCAGGAAGUGGCACUGUAUAUAAUCUUGCAAGAUGCAGAUUGUACUGCUUUGCAUCUACAAAAAUAAGAAUGACUGGGCUUGAAUGCAUGCUACAUCCAAUCACUCCUGUCUAGUUUACAACACUUGAGGGCGGGGG